UUGACAGUUCAGAACACAACAAACACCGAAAAGAGCUGCCAGAACGAAAUCGCUUCACACAAAAUUAUACCCUAAUUCGGCGCCCGAAAUCGAUAAGAAAACCAAUCAACCAUGACCGCGGAUAGUGUGGAUUUAGUGUGAAAUCACCAUUCUACCCAUCGCCAGCAAAAUGUGGUGAUAGUUCUACGCAAAAGCCGCUCCUCCUCGGUGGUGGUGGUGGUGGUGGGUGUAGCGCACGCUUUUCUUUCCUUUUUUUUUCGCUCUUCACUCUUGUUUACGAAUCACGCGCCGCUCGGUGCCAGCUGGUGGCCAUUUACGGUGCGAAAUCUUCACCCUGCACAGUGCGCAUCACGAUGGAUGGCAUGUGCUUCGAUUACGAUCACUACUUCGCGGAAGAAACGUUCAUCAUCGACGAUUUCGGUGAGAUCUGCGAGGAUGUGGUCCGGAUUGCCGGUGCGAGCUCGCUGCACCUUUGCAAGGAUUUCGAUGCGGAACUGCGCCGGCAGGAAAGCCCCCCUCCCGGUGGCUUUAACGCUGCCACGAGCCGCUGCUUCGAUAAGGAGGUAUCGUCACUCUUCUCCGAGAUGGAAUACCUUACCGAAGUGUCGCCCGGGACGGAUGUGGUGCUGUCGGACACGAGCGCCAUUACGAUUGCCGUCAAUCCUAGCGAAUUUUCCUGCAAACGGCCCAUCCGGCGGGAACCACCGGACGGAACGGGCGCACAGGAAGGUGAUGGGCAGAAUGAUUGUGCGGCUGAAGCUUCCUUGCCGACACCCGAGCCAGACAAAACUGCUUCACACCACCACCAGCAGGAACCAACGGCACACGACAAUCUAUCCCCUCCGGUAGAGUAUCAGCGCAUUUUGAACAAUUACAUUCAAAAGGGACGCCGAAAGCUGGAAGCUUGCUCGUACUCCAAGAUGAAAGCAUCCUGCCCGACCGGGGACCGAUGGACGGCAUCGGCACGACUAUCUACCUCAGCGCUCGAAACGAUAACGGUGUCAAUGCAACCGUCCGCUGGGAUCACUUCCGGGCCCAGCCCAGCACCUGCCACUGCCAUUGUCCCAAAGUUCGACCACCACAAUCCUUCCGCCUCCAUUAAACAAACGGUGAAUAUGAUAAAAUCAUCUCAACUGUCACCGCCCUUCCCGUCGGUACAGCCGGCUGCACAGAGCCGGACUGCUUCGUCGGGGCUGCUCAAACCGACACGAUUGCAUCACUGCCGGGAUUGUGGGCUGUCGUACGCGUCCAGCGAGUCGCUGCGGAAGCACCGCUGCAUUAUCGCGGAACAGUACCAGUGCCAUCUGUGCUUGCGUGAGUUUAAAAAGCGCAAAACGCUGGACCAUCAUAUGAAAUCUCACGACAAAGUAUUUUCCACCGAUGACGAUUUGCGGAAGUAGUGGGCUGCUGGC